UAUUAUUAACUGGUUACCAAUGUAAUUACAGCAGUACAAAUAAAUGUUUGUCAUACAGGUGGUAUACCACAGCUUUCAUCCAAUCAGCAUUCAGGGCUCGAACCACCCAGUUUAUAAUAUGUAAUAAUGUGCGCAAAAUAAAACCUCUGGACUCAUUCAGCUAUAUACUGUAACAUUGGACCAUGCAAGCUAUGCAAUUGACAAUAACUUUCCUGCAAACAUAUAAAAUAUUAUGCAUUGUGCAUUAGCCCAUGCAUUAAGCAUUGAUUGGGGGUUUAAUUAAAUAUUAUUAUUUUUAUCCCCUUAGAGGCAAUUAAUGGGAUGAGUUAGUUAUAUAAUCUUACUAGCUAUUUACCCUAAAUCACCCUAAUGUAUAUAAACUGCACACAUGAGCGCUAUAAGAGGUCAAGGAAGUCACGUGAGUCGCGACCCAUGCAGAUGUGCGCAAGAAAAGUUUUGAGAGGGUGACAACUGGCGAGCGUGACGCGUGACUGUAUUUUACAGUAGAUCAAACACGCAUACUAGCUGUCCGCAGAGCGGUCCAAAACGCCUCCUGAGAAGUCCAAGUAGUCUAUGACAAGAUAUGAUUUAGGAAUACCUUUUAAAGUCUUACAGUGGAGUCAUUUUCACAGGGAACAUGUAAGUAGCCCUUACAUGCUGGAUCACUUGGUGGAUACUGGAUAGAAAACAUUCCCUCGCGCAAAAGUCCACCUGUGUAAUUUGGAUUAAUUGAUUAAUGUUUUUAGCGCAAAAAACAAUACUCUCUGCUUUUUGGGUGGUUCGAGGGGGUGACCACCACCACCACCUCUUGACUGACCCGCUGUGGAGGAAUGAGUGAUGCCGGAGAGAGGAUGUACCAUCGGGAGUCUGGUGGUACUGUCUGUGUUGGAGAUGGGGCUCGGUGCGUCCAGCAUCGCCCUCGGGGUGGUCGGCAUCAUCCGAGUCAGGUCGGUUCACAAGCUGCAGCUUGGGGAUGCCUCCCCUAUAUGGAGUGGAGUGUGUUUUCUCAUCUGUGGACUAUGUGGGAUGGUGUGUGCAAAGAAGAGGUCAGGCUUGAUUAUGAUCCUGUUUUCAGCCUGCUGUAUCUGUGGGCUGAUCAGUGGGAUCCUAAACUUCCAGUUUGUGCGUGUGGUGGCAAAGCGUCCCGAUGCCCUGUCGUCCCUCUACCUGGCCAUCAUGGUGCUGGCCUGCCUGGGCAUCGGAGUGUCCAUCCUGUUUACCUGGCUCACCUGUCGUCUGGCCAGCAGCGAACAGCAGAGGAUGUACCUGGAGAGAGAGCUGUCCCUGCACCACUCCCAUGAGAUGAGUGAAAAGGAGUUUGCUGAGAGAUCUGAAAGAGCAGCCAGCAUCCCCCAGAUCUCCUUCAAUGGAAAGUCCUCACCUCCAUUAUCAUUAGGCUAAAGCCCAGCUGUGUUACUGUAUUCAAAGCAACUUGGAGACAAUGUUGGUUCCAUACAACCCCAACGGUUGCAGGGGACGUGAUCUCUUGCACUUAACUGAUACACAAAGGAAUCAACUUAAUCAACGGAAGUUACGGCAACGCUAUGAGAAGGCACUAUGAGAUUUGACAAUCGUCUCACCAAUGACGAUGGAGGCUGAAUGAUGCACCUGGAUAGUACAUGGAAACAGCAGGUAAAGGGGACAAAGCUAUGGCACCUCCAAAGGCUCAAAAAGAAUAACUAAAACAUUUGAGAUUGUCAGUGUUGAGACAUUGAGAGACAUUACUGCUUCAGGGUUUGACUGGUCAUAGAGAUGAUGUCACACGGUGGAUGUUGUUUCCAGUACUAAUAUUUAUUUUAAUUAUUAUUUAUGUAUGUAUUAUUUAAAUAUAUUAUUGUUUAUUCAUAAGCAUGCAAAUAUAAUAACGUCCCAUCUGUGACAUGGUUUUACAAUUUAGAGAAUUAUAAUGAAUUAAAGGUUUAAUGAUGGUGAUAUAUAAUAUAAUAAGCCAUUUAGCAGACGCUUUUAUCCAAAGCAACUUACAG